AUGAAUGAUGGAAACUAUACAAACCCUAUGCGAACAGGAGGCUUAUUACCGUUGGAUCUGGCGAGGCUUGGACAGCACAACAGUGUCCCGGCCGUCGUGCUUCCUUUUAGUGGCGUGGCAGUUAGGCACCGAAAGGAUGUUACAGCUGCUUCCUGUGGUUCGGGCCCGGUCGACAGUCAGCGCAUCCCAAAGCGACUGGCGAUUCAGGGUGUGUCUAAUGGAAAAGCACACUUCGUCGCCAAAUUUGUUAUACCCGAGAAAAGCCGUGUGGAGUUGGUAGUCAAUCGAAUCGAAUAUCCUCUUCAGCCUUGUUCAAAUUUCGGCUAUCUACCAGAUGAGAUUCUGUUGCCGAUUGAAAAGUCACAAGAUGAGCUGGUACUUAAUGAAGAGUUCACUUCUUCAGCCCAGAAAAUGAUAAUUGAUGUGAUUGAGCAUAAGCCGAGUGUGGCAUUCGGGAAGCUCUUAAGUUUUCGGGCACAGUUUCUGUUGAAUAAACCGGCAUCUUCUGGGGAGAAUAUCACUACUCGGAAUCUUAUCCCACCAAUGUGUCAUUUUUCUGUUGAUGCAUUGUCUAUCGAUUGCCCCCUACGAUUUCUGCGUGUACGCACACCGAAACUGAUUUCUUCCGCCCUGGCUCGGAGCCUGGAAACCAGUUUACUAUUUCCUGUGAACCCCACUCAGACUAAGGAGCUCAUUGACCUUGCUGUGGAUCUGAGAUUCGGCUACCUUUCGGUGACCAGCUUCAACGAAUUUUCCGUGCAUUUGGAUUCGGACCCAAGCGCACUUUCUGCCAACCUUGCUGGUUUCGUCCAUCAGCGUUACCGUCAUGAUGAUACAGGACCUUACGGUCGUGUGGCGGUUUGUGUACCUCGCCGACCCAUUGAGCUAUACUGGGGGCUGGGGCGCCUUGCUGCAUACUGCAGGGCGGAUAAACGAAAACAUGCUUUUGAUGACGCCUUCCUUCUUGCACUUCCACGUUUUCCGUCUUCCACCCUCUCCAGUCCAAAUUUAAAUACUUUCUCCGCGGGUUCCAGCUCUAGGACUAACCGUUUUGCUCGUUCUGCAUCGCACUCAGCUGCAGCUACUGUAUAUCCGAGUUCAGUCAAACCCUGA